UAUGUGCAAAUUAUGCGUGAAAGAAUAAUCCCUAUAUCUCUAUGGAAAGAAUAGAUCAAACAAUUAGUAAAAAAUUCUUGGAGCAUAAUUUAGAUUUGAUCAAUAAGAUAUUUGACGGCAUAGUUAGUGAGUCGACUGAUGAUUCUCUUCACAACUUUACAAUCUAAAGCUUGACGUGCAUUCUUCCUGCUAGGAGUACUUGAUAAGUUAUGAUUUCUAAUGGUAUUUGAUAUUGUGUUAUUUGUUAUAAGACACUUUUUCAUUGGCGAAAGAUAACUUUGAGAAUCGUGUGAUUUCUAGAGUACUUGAAAAACCUUUCAUAAUUGAAAAAAAAUUUUUUUUUAUAAUUUUUAAUCAUUUUUAAAAAUGAUUUUUGAAUAUUUAAAAAAGUUAUUUUGGAAAGCCGACGAAGGAAGCAGAAAACGGAAAUCACACGAAUUUAUUUCUAAUGAUUCGUCCAUCAAAAAACCGUGUUCAAGAUUCAAAUCAAGUCAAUUAAAAAUCAACCGCUAUGAUGACAAUGGUCGUAGUUUUAAGAUCGUAACAGAAUCUCCUGAUGGUGCAGAGAUUACCGAAAAAUCUGUAAUAGUUGAAACGAAAUCUGAUUUUGUUCAAACAAAUCAAUACAAGCUUUUAGCUGCAACAAAAGCUAACGGAUUUAGUGAUCAAUACACAAUUAAAAAAGAUUCAGUCCUAGAAAAUGCCAUAGACCAGUCAACAUUGUACCAUACACACAGGUUGGCUGAAAAAAAGCAGUAUGGUGAAAUGUUAUUAAAUUUUAUGCCAUCAAAAACAAACUAUAUUGAUAGAAGUACACAUCAAGAAGUGAACCAAACUAAUUUUUUCCAAAACAUGUGUACAAACAAGAGUCAAGUGCCUUCAAGGCUAGCAUACCAUCGCAAUAAUUUAAACAACGUCUGUAAGAAUCAUACUUUUCUAGAAACAUCAAGUAGUUCUCUAAUGCAAUGUCAAAAUUGUUUUUUAGCACCCACCAAAAAACAAGAAAAUAUGUGUUCAAGAUCUUUUAUACAGACACCACUGAAAACUACCAAAACUAAUACUCUAAAAGAUGAAAUUUCCUCAAAAAAAGUGUAUAAAUAUGAUUUUAUUAAUCAUAUCGAUAGAAAAUAUGAUGAACUCACAAAACAGUGCCAGAAAGAAGUGCUACACUUAACAAAAAUAAAAUGCAUGUUGGCCAAACAUAAUCAGUCCAUAAGAGAAACAGUUCUUGAAGAUCAUUUGAACCGUUCUAUGAAAUUGUGUAAAAUUGUUCUUGAUGAAAGAGAAGAAAUACAAGAAUCAAAGUUGUUUGAACUUACAACAGAAAUGGUAGAACUCAUAAACAGAGCAUUGAGGACCGGACACUCAAAUGAAAUUCUUGUGCAAAGUUUUGGAUUACAAAUAACUAGAAAAGAUAUCCAAACUCUGGCAGGCUUAAAUUGGCUUAAUGAUGAAAUUAUUAAUUUCUACAUGAAUCUUUUAAUAGAAAGAGGGAAGAACAAAAACUAUCCAGAUGUAUACGCCAUGAACACAUUUUUUUAUCCAAAAUUAAUUUCUGGUGGACAUGUAUCCCUUAAAAGGUGGACUAGAAAAAUAGAUAUUUUUUCAAAAGAUAUAUUAGUUAUUCCCAUCCAUUUAGGAAUUCAUUGGUGUAUGUCAAUUGUAGAUUUUAGAAAUAAAUCCAUUAAAUAUUUUGAUAGUAUGGGUUCUCCAAAUUAUAAAUGUUUACAAUCAUUAAAACAAUAUUUAUAUGCUGAAAGUAUUGAUAAAAAACAUGUAGCAUUCAAUUUUUCAGAUUGGAUUUUAGAAUGUGUCAAGAAUAUUCCGCAACAAAUGAAUGGUAGCGACUGUGGUGUAUUUUCAUGUAUAUUUGCUGAGUAUGUUUGUGCUAACAAGUCUUUUGAUUUUAGUCAAGAUGAUAUGCCAUAUUUUAGAAAUAAAAUGGUUUAUGAAAUUCUAACAAUGAAACUGAUAUAGUUACUCAUACAUUAUAUUUGCUUAUGAAACGUUUUUUUUGUAUAUUCUUAUAGGCCAAUAAAUUUUACAAAAAAAAUUAA